UUUUCUUUUGCCUGUUCAUGGGUAAUCUCCGUUCUCCUCUAUUAUUCUCUCCUUUAUUCAAAGGGGAGGGGGAAAGAGGGAGAGGAACAGGAGUUCUGAAGCUUGGGCAACGGUUGGGUCCUCUUUCAGAUUAAAAACCAUGAAAAAAUCACUAGGCACAUCGCACAUCUGCCCCUCACUAAAGUCAUUCGUUUCCAAAAAAGUUGAAACCGUGCUUUUCCAUUUCAGUUCACCAAAAAUGUACAAGAGGUUAGAUGCAAAUCUUGAAAAGAAGAUGGUAGAAGCAAUCAAACAGAGAGGCACAUCAGGGAAGAAUAAUUUCAGAUCAAUGAAUAGCAUAGUCAUGAGGUUUCCUCAAUUUAAAGAGGAGCUGAAAAACAUCAAGAGUGUCUUUCAGCAGUACGAUGAAGACUCAAAUGGAAUUAUUGACCGUGAGGAGCUAAAGAGAUGCUUAAGCAAACUGCAAUUACAACUGACAGAGAAGGAAAUGGAGGAUCUACUCCAUUCUUGUGACUUUGACAGCAUCGAAGGAAUGCAAUUCAAUCAGUUCAUUGUCCUCCUUUGUCUUAUCUAUCUCCUAGCAGAGCCUUCAACAUCUUCACACACUACAUCCAAGAUGGGAUCACCACAGCUUGACGCUAUGUUUGAUACAAUUGUUCAAGCAUUUUUGUUUCUUGAUAAAAAUGGAGAUGGCAAGGUGAACAAGAAUGACAUGGUCAGGGCAUUGAACGAGGGUUCUCCUCAGGAGAAAUCUCCAAGGCACAUCACCAAGACACGUUUCAAGGAGAUGGACUGGGGCAAGAAUGGAAAGGUCAGUUUUAAAGAGUUCCUUUCCGCACUAAACAAUUGGGUUGGGGUUGAUACUGAUGAUGAGAAGUAAGUCCCUGUAAAAUGAGGUGUUGUGAAGUAGAAAAUAAGCAGCGGAAAAUGAAUCAAACAAACUCCGGUAGAUGAGACUGAGUUGAUGCAGUUUAUCCAUAUGAUCCGGGCCAAAAUACUAUUUAAAAUGCUGCCUGUGCAUUGAACUCACAACUUUCUACAAUUUCUUUAAGAUGGUGUAAAGACAAGACAUUCUACCUAUUAUGUUUACCAUGACAAUCAUUAGUUAGUCUGCACUCAUUGUUCUCUC